AACGUUCACCAGCCUCUCCUCUUCGAGUGCGCUUGGGAAGUCGCAAACAAGGUCGGCGGCAUCUACACUGUCAUCAAGACAAAGGUCCCCGUCACCGUCAAGGAAUAUGGAGACCGGUGAGUCUUGGGCAGACUUCCUGCCCGUCCUCUAACGUCGCCGUCGCUGGGCUGCUUCUCCAGCGUCGGGUGGUGUCCUCUCAACCGAACCCCGUGUGCAAAUCUUGCAGACUCGUCGCACUCGUUUCCUAAUUCCCCACUUCCCACGCCGUUUGCACACACACACUCUCUAACCCAACAGCUACACCCUCAUCGGCCCCCUCAGCUACAAGACGGCCCACAUCGAGGUCGAGUCCGAGGAUCCCGAGCCGGGAUCCCCCAUGGAAGGCACCCUCAACGCAAUGCGCGACCACGGCGUAAAGUACAUCUACGGCCGUUGGCUCAUUGAGGGUGCGCCCCGCGUCCUCCUUUUCGACACUGGUAGCUGCUACAACAGGAUGGACGAGUGGAAGGGCGACCUCUGGAAUGUCGCGGGCAUCCCCACGCCCCCCAACGACCACGAGACUAACGAGACGCUCGUCUUUGGCUAUAUGGUCGCAUGGUUCCUCGGAGAGUUCUCCGGCCGCUGCCUUGACACGGCCAUCAUUGCUCACUUCCACGAAUGGCAGGCCGGCCUCGCAAUCCCUCUUGCCCGCAAGCGCAAGAUUGACGUCACCACCAUUUUCACCACCCACGCUACCCUUCUCGGCCGCUACCUCUGCGCUGGCAGCGUCGACUUUUACAACAAUCUCCAGUACUUUGACGUCGACCAUGAAGCCGGCAAGCGCGGCAUCUACCACCGGUACUGCAUUGAGCGCUCGGCGGCGCACUGUGCGGAUGUUUUCACGACCGUUUCGCACAUUACGGCGUACGAGAGCGAGCACCUGCUGAAGCGCAAGCCUGACGGAGUCCUCCCCAACGGCCUCAACGUCGUCAAGUUUGCCGCCAUGCACGAGUUCCAGAACCUUCACGUCAAGGCCAAGGAGAAGAUCAACGACUUUAUCCGCGGCCACUUUUACGGCCAUUACGACUUUGACCUCGACAACACAAUCUACAUGUUCACCGCUGGCCGGUACGAGUUCCGCAACAAGGGUGUCGACAUGUUUAUCGAGUCGCUCGCCCGUCUCAACCACCGUCUCAAGGCCAUGAACUCGAAGAUGACCGUCGUAGCGUUUAUCAUCAUGCCCGCUGCGACCAACUCGUACACCAUCGAGGCGCUCAAGGGUCAGGCCGUCACCGGCCAGCUUAGGGACGUUGUCAAGCAGAUCACGGACAGAAUCGGCAACCGCCUCUUUGAGCACGCCGCAAGGUAUGACGGCACGCACGGCACAGAGGUCCCCAAGCCCGAGGAGCUCAUGUCGGCCGAGGACCUUGUGUUGCUCAAGCGCCGUGUGUUUGCCCUCAAGCGCAACUCGCUUCCCCCGGUGGUUACCCACAACAUGCAGGAUGACAGCAACGACCCGAUCUUGAACCAGAUUCGUCGCGUGCAGCUGUUUAACCGCACCUCGGACCGCGUAAAGGUCAUCUUCCACCCCGAGUUCCUCAACUCGAACAACCCCAUCCUUGGUCUCGACUAUGAGGAGUUUGUGCGCGGCUGCCACCUCGGUGUCUUCCCCUCGUACUAUGAGCCGUUUGGCUACACGCCGGCCGAGUGCACUGUCAUGGGCAUUCCCAGCGUCACGACCAACCUCUCUGGCUUUGGCUGUUUCAUGGAGGACCUGCUCGAGUCGCCCGAGGACUAUGGCUGCUACAUUGUCGACCGCCGCGGACAGGGUGUCGACGAGUCUGUGGAGCAGCUCACGCAGGUGCUCACCGAGUUUACGACCAAGUCGCGUCGCCAGCGUAUCAACCAGCGUAACCGCACUGAGCGUCUCUCGGAGCUGCUCGACUGGAAGUCGCUGGGUCUCGAGUACGCCAAGGCGCGCCAGCUUGCGCUGCGCCGGGCAUACCCCGACUCGUUCAACGACGACGAGCCAGAGUUUACUGGGGUGCAGCGCGUCGGUGCACCGCUCUCUGCGCCGGGUUCGCCACGCUACCGCUCGGGCAUGAUGACGCCUGGUGACUAUGCGACGCUCACGGAGGAGAUGGAGCACCUGAACACGAGCGACUACAUGGGUGCCAAGCACCCGUGGAACUGGAACAAGGAGGACAGCGACGAGGAGGAGGGGUACACGUUCCCGAUUGCAGGGCUGAAGCCGCGCGGGCGCUCGGACUCGUUGGCAUCUGCAAUCUCUGGCACGAUGACGCCGAGCGGCAAGCACCGUCUGAAUGAGAGCGACCUGGCGCAGGCGGACAAGGCGUUGGAAUCGCACUCGUCUGCGGCCAACGCCAACGGGAACGGGAAUAAGUAGUAGGUGGGUUGGUGGUGGCUCGGGCAAGUCAAGGCCGAGGUGGAGGGUGGAUUUGGUCCCGGAGGUGUUGCGUGCGUGCAGUCCCGUGGCAACCGAGGUCUCGUUUUAUUUUAUAGCAAAAGUAAACAUAUGCAAGUGAUGAUGGUGUCUGC